AUGGUGGUCGCAGGCAUCGACAUCGGCACGACGCACGGCUGCGUGGGCGUGUGGCACAACGGCAAGGUGAACAUCAUCGCCAACGACCAGGGCUUCCGUACCACGCCCGCCUACGUGUGCUUCGAGGGCGAGGAGGUGAUCGUGGGCGACACGGCCGUCAACAAGCUGCCGUCGCACGCCGAGAACACCAUCUUCCACCUCAAGCGCCUGCUGGGCAAGGCCCACGCCGACGUGGCGGACCGCGACUUCGUCAAGGAGUGGCCCUUCGACAUCACGGCGGGCGCCGACGGCGUCGCCCAGGCCGAGACCCAGCGCAACGGCGAGAAGCACCCCGUGUCCCCCGUCGAGUUCAUGGCGCUGCUGCUGCAGAACCUCAAGGAUCUGGCCGAGGACUUCACGGGCGAGAAGCUCGAGCACGUGGUCAUCAGCAAACCGGCGCACACGGACGACUCGUACACGGAGCUGCUGGACGCCGCCGCCAAGAAGGCCGGCGUCAACGUGCUGACGUACCUGAGCGAGCCCCUGGCCGCGGCUAUCGCCUACGGCCUGGACGAGGCCGCCAACAACGCCAAGCCCGAGUACGUGCUCGUGUUCGACAUUGGUGGCGCCACCCACGACGUGACCCUCCUGAACGCCGACAAGGGCCUGUUCGAGGUGGUUGCCAGCAAGGGCAAGGACACCCUCGGCGGUGAGGACUUCACGGCCGCUGUGUUCGAGCACUGCGCCAAGUCGUUCCUCCGCAAAACCAAGCUGGACGUCAAGACCAACCAGAAGGCCUCCAGCCGUCUCCGCAUUGCCUGCGAGGUUGCCAAGAAGACGCUGUCGACGCAGACUCAGGCCAACAUCGAGGUGGACACGCUCAUGGAAGGCGAGGACUUCUCGCUCAAGCUGUCGCGCCCCCGUUUUGAAGAGCUCAUCACCGACUACGUGCACGAGACGAUCACCGAGAUCGAGGCCAUCUUGGAGGAGAACGAGCUCGAGAAGGAGGACAUCGACCACAUUGUGCUGGUCGGCGGCUCCACCCGCAUCCCGCUGGUGCAGAACCUCGUCAAGAAGUUCUUCGACGGCAAGAACGUGCACACGCAGCUGUCGCCCGACGAGGCUGUGGCCUACGGUGCCACCAUCGAGGGUUCGGGCCUUGCUGAGCUCGUGGGCGUCCCCGCGCCCAAGAACCCGCUCAACAUGGUGAACGUGGUGCCGCUCAACCUGUCGGUGGCCCUGGCCAAUGGCAGCGUGUCGGAGCUCAUUCAGCGCGACACCGUGCUGCCGGCCACCGCCACCGAGCUGUUCACGACCUCGGAGGACAACCAAGAGGCCGUGUACCUUCAGAUUUACGAGGGCCAGCGCCUCAUGGCCAAGGACAACACCCUCGUGGCGCAGCUGAGCGUGGCGGGCAUCACGCCGCUGCCCAAGGGUGACGCCGAGAUUGAGGUGACCUUCACCGUCAGCACCAAGGGCGUCCUCACGGUCACCGCCUCGGAGCGCAAGGCCGGCAAGAAGUCGCUCGAGGUGACCCAGGACUCCAAGCGCCUGACGCCCGCCGACGUCGCCGCCAUCGUCAAGAAGGCCGAGGACGCCGCCGACGAGGACGACGAGCUGCUGGGCGAGCUGGAGGACGCCGAGGAGGCCGCCGAGCUCGAGGCCGCCGCCCCGGAGGUCGAGGCCGCCAGCGCCCCUGUCGUGCCCGUCGUGCCCACGCAGGACCUAGACUAA